AUGGUUGCUUGGAAAUACUCUGCCGCGGCUCUCGCUGGCAUCGCGACUGUCACUGUUGCCUCGGCCGCCAGGGACGAUGCUGCGCCUGUAAUCGAGCAAAUCCAUGUUCCAGGCGCCUUCAUUGUCGAAUUCGCCGACAGCCAGGAUUCUACCGGGUUUCUAAGCCAAGUCGAGAAAGAGACCGGCCUCUCGAAGGUGUCCCGCCGCCUCACCCUGGAUUCCAAGAUCUUCAAGGGCGUAUCCUUCAGCAUCAAGGACCACAGCAACGAGACGGCCGGCAAAAUUGCCGCUCUCCCCCAGGUCAAGAGGCUGUGGCCCGUCUCCCUCAUCAAGGCCCCCGAUCUCAAGGUGUCUUGGACCGGCAAGGACCCCAAGCACAAGCGCCAGGCGACUUCGGACAGCUGGCCGCCGCACGUCCAGACGCAGGUCGACAAGCUCCGCGCCGGCGGCUUCACCGGCGGGGGCGUGCGUAUCGGUGUCAUCGAUACGGGCGUCGACUACACACACCCGGCCCUCGGUGGCUGCUUCGGCCCCGGAUGCCUGGUCGAGUACGGGUAUGAUUUCGUCGGCGACGCCUUUAACGGGUCAAACGUGCCCGAGCCCGAUGGGGACCCAAUGGAUGACUGCGCCGGCCACGGUACCCACGUGUCCGGCAUCAUCGCGGCGAUGCCUAACCCCAUGGGCUUCACUGGAGCGUCGCCCGACGUCAAGCUUGGCAUGUACCGCACGUUCGGCUGCAGCGGCGGGUCGACGGGCGACAUAAUACUCGCUAGCGUCAUCCAGGCGUUCGAGGACGGCAGCGACAUCAUCACGGGGUCGGUCGGCAGCUACAAUGGAUGGGCCGAAGAGGCCUUCUCCGUGGCGGUCUCGAGGAUUGUGGACGCCGGCGUGCCCUGCACCUUUGCUGCCGGCAAUGAGGUCGGCGGCACCGAGGGCCUGUUCGGCCUCAGCAAUCCCAGCACCGGGGAGGGCGUCAUGUCCAUAUCCUCGUACCAGAGCACAGUGGCGGACGAUCCCGGAAAGGUGUCGUAUUAUACCAGCUGGGGGCCUACUUUCGAACUCACCGUAGCGCCCAGCUUCGGCGCCCCAGGGGGUGAGGUCCUAAGCACAUGGCCCGUUGCGCUUGGGAGCUACGCCGUAUUAUCUGGUACCUCGAUGGCAACUCCUCUUGUCGCUAGCAUUGUCGCUCUCGUCUCUCAAGUUCGUGGGACCCGAGACCCUGACUUGAUCAAGAGACUUCUUGCGUCGACGGCCAAGCCAAACUUUUCACAGGACUAUUUCGACUUAGACUUCAGUGGCGGCCUAGGACCGGUUCCUCAGCAAGGUGCCGGCAUGGUUCAGGCGUACGACGCGGCUUAUACGAGCUCCAUCGUCAGCGUCGCCGGCAUCUCCUUCAACGACACCGACAACCUCGUGUCCGAGACGACCUUCACCGUCACGAACGUCGGGGACACGACGGCGGCGUACAAUGUCUCGCACGUCCCGGCCCUGACCGCCACCACGCUUGGCGGCAUUUACCGCAUGAGUUCGCCGGGGCUCUUCACGUCGUACGCGACGCUGAAGUUCGAACCGGCCACGUUUACUCUGGAGCCGAACGCCAGCGCCGAGAUACGCGUGGCCGUCACGCCCCCGGGAGGGCUCGACGCUGCGUCGUUGCCGGUGUACUCCGGUUGGGUCGCCAUCAACGGUACCAACGCGGAUGGCGACAUCGCCCUCUCCGUGCCGUACCUCGGCGUCGCCGGCUCCAUGAGGAACGUCACAGUCCUCGCCGCCAGCCGUCUUAUUUUAACCCGUAGCGACGACCCGAGGAGCCCGGCCAUACCCGCCAACACGACCUUCCAGGUUUCUGUUCCCGCCGGCCGCCCGGACUGGGCACAGCCUUUACUCAACACGUCGGACCUGGUUUUGUCGGCGGGCGCCCUUCCCUCUCAGUAUGUGUGGCUAGUCAUGGGAAGCGCCGAGGUCCGUCUCGAGGCUGUGCCGAUUACCUCUCCUGGGUCCGAGCCUGACCAGAACGCAAAAGACAACGGGCUUGGCGUCGUCACUCUAGGCAAUAUUGCUGGGUAUCCGGGGACGUUUAUGAGGCCCAUUGGCUGGUUCAGUAACUGGGACGGAGAGCUGGCGGAUGGUUCAUGGGCGCCUGCCGGACGGUAUCAGCUGAGCAUUUUCGCUUUGAAGCUCAUGGCUGAUAGGACCUUGCCAGAGAGUUGGGACCGAUACGACUCUCCCGAGUUCAUCAUUCGAUAUGUGUAG